GGGUUUCCGCACUGUGCUUUUUCCUGGAUGCUACGAAAACAAUAUAAGGGAGGGUUGAAUCGUGUAACAGACCGCCCCAUAUAAACAAGUAACUGUUAUGUCUAUUGUGACUGUUCAACAGACAUAGGUAAACGAAAUCUGUCGUUUUACUACGACAGUUUUGAAAACUAGCUAGCUAGUCUUUGUAAUAGCCAAAUAAUCAAUUGAAAUGGAGCGGUGGAAAGGCAGAGUAGCUCUCGUGACUGGAGCCUCGGUCGGGAUUGGAGCGGCUGUUGCACGGGCACUUGUCCAACACGGCAUGAAGGUUGUGGGAUGUGCCAGGAAUGUUGACAAGAUAGAGAAGCUGGCAGCAGAGUGCCAGAGUGCGGGCUACAACGGUACGCUGAUCCCCUAUAAGUGUGACCUGUCCUGUGAGGAAGACAUCCUGUCCAUGUUCUCUGCCAUCAAGACGCUGCACCAGGGGGUGGACGUGUGUAUCAACAAUGCAGGCCUGGCCCACAAUGAACCCCUGCUCAGUGGCAAGACAGACAGCUGGAGGAACAUGAUCGACGUGAAUGUCCUUGCCUUGUCUAUUUGUACACGUGAGGCCUACCAGUCAAUGAAAGAGCGGAAUGUGGACGAUGGCCACAUCAUCAAUAUUAACAGUAUGGGGGGACAUAGAAUGGUACCUAGUGCAGAUGAACAUUUCUACUGUGCCACAAAAUAUGCUGUGACUGCUCUAACCGAGGGGCUGCGGCAAGAGCUACGGGAAGCAAAGACCCACAUCAGAGCCACGUGUAUAUCCCCUGGAAUAGUGGAGACUGAGUUUGCCUUCCGGCACCACAACAGCGAUCCAGAGAAAGCAGCUGCUGUGUAUGAGAGUAUAAAAUGUUUGAAAGCACAAGACAUAGCCAGUGCAGUCACAUACAUUCUGGGCGCCCCGCCUCAUGUCCAGAUCGGAGAUGUGCAGAUGAGGCCGGUGGAACAGAUGUCAUAGUGACAGAGCAGGAAGUUAAGCUACUGGAGGAGCCGAUAGAGCCAGGCAGCAAGCGCCAUUGUGACGACUCCUUAGCGACCUCUGCUGGGCAACGACAAAUACAAACAAACUAGUGUUCAACUGGAUUUGGACUGAAGGGAUCGGUUUGAGGAGGUGUGGAGGAGGCUGUGUGUGGUGGAGUGAUAUCUGGGCUGGAGAUUAGAGGAUGGGCAGGUACUCUUAACCACUACUGAAUUACUGUGAGGGCUGCUACAACAUGGGCUUUGGUGUAUUGCUCUAGCAGCCUUGUUUCAAAAUUAAGCCACAUCAAACUUAGGAGAAGAGAAGAG